GAAGCCGGAAAUAGGGAGGAGUGGGCUUGGGAGAGGUAGUUGAAGCACAGAAAUCGAUCGGAGAGGAGUCCCGAUUUUAUUUUUUGACAGAAUGAGCGGAUUCCGGCAGCAAAAUGUCGAUGACUUUUAUGAAAUGGGAGAGGAACUGGGCAGUGGGCAGUUUGCAAUUGUGCGGAAAUGCCGCGAGCGUUCUACCGGUGUGGAGUAUGCAGCCAAGUUUAUUAAGAAGCGCAGAUUGUCAUCUAGUCGCCGAGGUGUGAGCCGUGAAGAAAUUGAGAGGGAGGUAGACAUACUAAGAGAAAUUCAGCACCCCAACAUCAUCACCUUACAUGAUGUGUUUGAAAAUCGCACAGAUGUGGUCCUGAUACUUGAGCUGGUUUCUGGAGGGGAGCUUUUUGACUUUCUGGCACAAAAGGAAAGUUUAAGUGAGGAAGAGGCAACCAUGUUUCUGAAGCAGAUUCUUGAUGGGGUUCACUAUUUGCACCACAAGAAUAUUGCACAUUUUGACCUCAAGCCAGAGAAUAUCAUGCUUCUGGACCACAGCUCCCCCAGUCCAAGAAUAAAACUUAUAGAUUUUGGAAUUGCUCACAAGAUAGAAGCUGGGAAUGAAUUCAAAAAUAUCUUUGGAACUCCAGAAUUUGUAGCUCCUGAAAUCGUAAACUAUGAGCCAUUAGGACUGGAAGCUGAUAUGUGGAGCAUUGGAGUCAUCACAUACAUUCUCCUCAGUGGUGCAUCACCAUUUCUUGGAGACACCAAGCAGGAAACUCUGACCAACAUUUCAGGUGUGAAUUAUGAUUUUGAUGAGGAAUAUUUCAGCAACACUAGUGAACUGGCUAAAGAUUUUAUUCGUCGGCUAUUGGUCAAAGAUCCAAAAAAAAGAAUGACCAUUGAUCAGAGUUUAGAGCAUUCGUGGAUUAAGGUGAGAGGACCUUCAGCCCUUCACACUACAAAGGCUAUCAAGCGUCGAAAUGUCCGACAUGAGGACAGUGGAAAACGUCCUGAACGUCGUCGCCUGAAGACUACUCGUUUGAAGGAAUACACAAUAAAAUCACAUUCUAGCAUGCCCCCAAAUAACACCUAUGUGAAUUUUGAAAGAUUUAGCCAUGUGUUGGAGGAGCUAGGAGCAGCAGAAGAUGCACUUCGUGAGCUUCAAAAGAGUCAGGCCACCUCACGCGAGGACCUUUGCGCCCUGCGCUCUAUCUAUGAGGAAAAGGAAAGUUGGUACCAUGAAGAACAGGAAGGAGUUGGGCGCCAACUAGUAGGGCUCCGGCAAGAACUGCAGCGCAGAGAGGGUCAGCGUCGGCAGGUACAGGAGGAUUUAAGGGGAGCUAUGCUUAGUGCCAAUGCUCUGAAGAGAAGGUUUGGUAAACUGGAAAAUAGAUAUGAGGCCCUGCAGGUGCAGUUCACUGCAGAGAUGAGCUUUGUGGAAGAUUUAUUAAAAACUGUGGAGAGAGGUGGAGAUGGAUUAAGAGGGGUUUGCUGAAAAAUGUAUGUUUCUUUUCCCAAAUAACCUUGGAUUAUUUCAGUCCUACUAUUUAAAGACUGCAAUUGUACCUGAAUGCGCUUAUGCUCUUAUGUUUAACCACUUCCUGUACAUUCAGCGUUAGCAGGUAUGGACAGUAUUUAGUUCUGUACAUUGGCAUAGUCAUUUACACUUACAGUUUAGUGAUCCAGACCAAAAUUUGGUGUAGACAUUCCACAUACAUAUCUAUGCAAAUAAUGUGGAUUAUGUCCCCAUUCCUGUCCAAAGCACUGGAGUUACACCAGUGCACUUUAUUUAUGUACUGUUAUUAGACUGUUAUGUCCUGCACUAAAAUGCUUGUGUUGAAAAAUACUGUUCUGAAUAAUGGUAUCAAAUUGCACCUAUAUAAAAGAAAAAUAUUAUCUGACAACUUAAGGCUAUGUGGGUACAUGUGCUUGGACAUUACACCACUGUAUUAUAACUUAGAAUUGUCAUUCCAUCUAAAAAUAAAGGCUUAAUGUCCAUCAACUAAAA